AUGGCCGAUAAGUCACCGACAGAGAUGAGCAAAAGUCGAUUUCAAGUGAUUUUAGAUAAAUGUAACAAUUUCUACAGAUCAGAAUCUUCAGCUAGCAGAUGUGCUGUAUUUUGUAUUGAUGAUGAAAAAGUUGGUUUGAUACGACCAGAAUUUGUAGUUGAAUUGAAGAAAUAUACAGAUGUAUUUCUGUAUGAAGAAGGGAAAGGUUUUAAACGAGAAAUAUUACGAGUUUUACCAGAUCUUAAUACUCCAGAAACCCGAAGUAAACAAAUCGAACAUGUUCUACAAGAUCUAAGAAAAAGAAAUAUAUUCUGUACUCUGAGAGGUUGGAGAGAUGAGAAUUAUGAUAUUAAAAAAAAUUACCAUGACAAGCCAUUGAUGAUCAUGGAGAGAGCAGCAACACCGAUAUUUGGAUGUUUGAACUAUGGUGUUCAUGUUAACGGAUAUUUUUAUAAUGAAUCAGGUGACAUGAUGAUGUGGCUAGGUCAAAGGUCACCAACUAAAGCUACCUACCCCAACAAACUGGAUAACCUGUGUGCAGGAGGUCUAGCUACUGGUAUAGGUAUCAAAGAUAAUAUGGUAAAAGAAUGUCAAGAAGAAGCCUCCAUAUCUGAUGAUAUUUUACACAAGUUAAAAUCUGUUGGUACAGUCAGUUACUGUUAUGAAGAUGAACGAGGUAUUUUACCUGAAUGUCAAUUUGUAUAUGACCUUGAGUUGACCCCCGAUUUUCAACCAAUCAAUGCUGAUGGUGAAGUGGGUGGUUUUCAUUGUUAUCCAAUCAAAAAGGUUGAAGAAUUAAUGAUAACUGAUGAAUUUAAACCAAACUGUGCCCUGAUAAUUUUAGAUUUUUUAAUUAGACAUGGUCUAGUCACUCCAGAAAAUGAGCCAUUUUAUACCAGUUUAGUGGAAGGAAUCCAUAAACCUUUAAGUCAAUAUUUAUAG